AUGAGUAACCUCUCUUCACCGGCACCGCCCAGCGCUAUAUCAGCACCUAGCCCCGAAUCGUCACCACCACGUAGACCGAGCUCUACGCCCCCUGGAUCCCAGUCCGAAAGAGCUAGUGUAGCCUCAACAUCGCAAACGGAACCUCCCGAACACUGCGACGACUUCAUUCACUGCCGUGCCUCUGGAGGUCCUCAAGGUAAUACUUUGUGUGACGUGAGUUGGGCGUUUGUAUGUCCUGGUCUUCAUCCAUUCCGCCCAACGCCACCAUCUAAAUACGGCACUAUACAUCCUCACCCUGGCGAGGUCUGGGUCUGCGCUUACUGCAUGGAUCAUGAUACUGCUGCAUGUCUUCCUGGCCAUUUCACUAACAAACUCGAGCCUAUAACAACGCUCGCAAAUGCCAAUUAUCAAUCAGGCUUUCGUAAUCAGCUUUGCCACCGAUGCAUCCGCGAUGAGGUCGAGCUCUACUGGUUGCGCCAAGGGACACCAGUGCCUCCGAUAAAACCUGGAGGGGAUACUAAUCAAUGUGUGGCACAAUGGCCAAUUGCGCCGAAUAGUCUACAGGACCUUUGCGUCUGCAAUAGAUUGGGUAUUACCCAGUUCCGAUUUCGUUGUCAUGCAUGCCGCGACGAAGGUUUUCGAGUGAAUAGUUGGGCUCGUUACAAACUCGCCGAAGACAUUUUGACCAGUCGCGACAAGAAGGUCAUUACAGGCAAGUUACGCUGCCACAAGAACGGCGGAACCGAGAGACACCUUCGAAAAGGCAUACCUGACGGACCCCUCACCGACAGGAUAGCGAAUGCCGGUCUCCGUCGUAGAUGUCCCUGUGGCGAGAAACCCAAAGCGCAAAGCACCCCAGAAUAUAUCACCUUUUGUCUGGGUUGCUCAGGCGUGCGUAUCGAUCCUGCGAAUCUGCCACCACAUUUACAGUACGAUAACGUCAUGGCGGGAAUUGAAAAGAGGAAAGGCAUGAGAUUGAGCACGCAGAGGCUUAGAAAGGCGGAAACGCGGAGGACGAAAGGGAGAAGGAAGGCAAAGAGGAGUCAUUUGUUCAGGGUUAAUAUUGAGAGCGCGUGGAUUAGAAGUAGAUAUAGAGGUGGAGGCGGAAGGAGAGGCGAUCAUUGGGUUGGGGGGUUCUAA